AUGGUAAAAGAAAGCAGCUACGCUAUCUUCAACAAAGCAGCUGAACUCUUUAACAAUUUAACCUGUCUUAAGUGGCUGCCUUACACACCGGAACUAGCGGAACGAGUGGGUCACAAUAAUUAUGUACAAUUCCGUGAUUCAGAUGGAUGUUGGUCCUAUGUUGGAUACAUAAGAAGCAGUCCUCAGGUGAUUGGAAUGUCACAGAGGGGAUGUAUGAGUGUUGGGAUAGCUGUGCAUGAGAUGCUUCAUGCCGUGGGUUUGAUGCACGAGCAGUCACGCACUGACCGUGACGACUACAUACGCAUGAUCAAAGAAAAUCUCAAGCAUAACUUUCACAAUGGUAACAUGGCAAAGACUAGCACUUUUGACCGCAAUGCAUAUGACUAUGAAAGCAUUAUGCAGUACGGUUUAUGGUCCUUUUCCGUCACUGGAGGUCAAACAAUGGAGUUUUUGGACAGAGAUCUGGAGUUUCUGGCUGGGACGGGGGCCGGGGUCGGUCUUGAUUUCUAUGAUGUAAAGGAUAUAACCGCAAAUUACCAGUGUGCAGGAGAGUGUGUGAACCCACCAAGGUGUGAGAAUGGAGGAUUUGUCAAUCAUAACUGUGUCUGUUACUGUCCAAAAGGUUACCAAGGUGACACGUGUGAAAAUGUGAUCACUGAUGAUGACUGUGGUGGAAUGAUAGAAGUUCCUCUCGGUAAAGAUGUAUUUGUGACGUCACCAGGGUAUCCAGUAUCUUACCCAAUUGGAAAAUUAUGUAGAUGGGGCGUAAAGGCACCCGAGGGAUGGUACCUUCGAAUGACGGUAGAAGAACUCCACCUGGCGGACAACAAUUUGAAUAGAUGUUACCAUUGGCUGGAAAUCCAAUAUAACCUGCCAGGACAGACAGGAAUCAAGCGCUGUGGAGAUAUUAUUGGUGAUCAGUGGACGGGAUCCAAAGACAGUCCUAAUUUUAUGACGAUUACAUUUGACAGUAAAUUUGUACAGGACAGACCCGUAGAAAAGGGCUUCAAACUCAGGUUUAACGCUGUUGGAAGAGGAUGUAAGGAUAACCCUUGUGUAUAUGGUACUUGUCACGAAAGCAAGAUGGAUUGCCAGUUUACGUGUUCCUGUUAUUCUGGUUUUGAAGGAAAGUUGUGUGACAAAAUGUCAAGUGAUGCCACAUUUGAGUGUACUUUUGAAAAGACGAAAUGUUUCCUAGACAACACCAAAGAAGGAGACGACUUUGACUGGGCUGUUAACUCGGGCCCAAGUAGUUCACAAGGCACAGGGCCUGAUAAGGCACACAAAGGAAAUCGGUACAUUUUUGCAGAAAUGUCAGACCCUCGAGUCAAGGGAGAAAAGGCAUGGCUGGUGUCUAACUUGGACCUGCCAGCCUCAGAGAGAUGCCUUUCUUUCUACUACUACAUGUUUGGUCACACGGUUGAUUCACUGAGUGUCCUGAUCUCCGGGCAAAACAGCUCUCAGAGCGUCAUCUGGUCUGAGACCGGAAACCAGGGCAGCAGGUGGAAAUUCGCUCGUGUCAAUAUUCAGCAAUUAGAAAAACUGAAGAUUGUGUUUGAAGCUGUUCGUGGUGAAGAUUGGAGUAGUGAUAUUGCCUUAGAUGACAUAGUUCUUACUGUCGGAGCAUGCGUAAAUGUGACUGAAAAUAUUGAGUGUGUGAAAUCAAACCGAGGCGGGGAUUACAAAGGUAAAGUUAACAUAACAAGGACCGGAAAGGCGUGUCAGCCCUGGGCAGACCAAUCGCCCCAUUCACACUCCGGCUAUGCAGCCCUAGUCAAUGAUUCCAAUUACUGUCGGAAUCUUUACCCCCAGAGCAAUGACUACCACCCGUGGUGUUACACUAUGGACCCGAACGACCGGUGGGAUUACUGUGACAUACCUGCUUGUGAAUAUGAAGAAUGCAGACGUUCAAGUAUCGGAUACGAGUAUGCUGGAAGAGUGAGCAAAACAAAGUCCGGGAAAACGUGUCAGAGGUGGGACUCCCAGUCACCUCAUGAACAUCCGUAUGCGGGUCUGAUGGCCCACGAGAAUUACUGUCGGAACCCCAGGGGGAGAGAGCAGGAACCCUGGUGCUUCACAGAGGAUAACUCCACACGCUGGGAAUACUGUGAAGUGCCAAUGUGUAAUGACGAAGCUCGGGAGUGCGCAUUGCUAGCUCAAAAUAUAGAUUACUUUGGACAAAUCAACACAACCACAAGUGGUCGAUCAUGUCAAAGAUGGGAUCAACAGAAACCGCAUUCUCAUUCAAUGCCGCUGACAUCUGCCCAGGAGAACUACUGUAGAAACAUGGGCGGUGAAGACCGUGCCUGGUGUUAUACCACAGACUCCGACAAACGAUGGGAGAGGUGCAAUAUUCCAUCUUGUGGUAAUAUCCUCCAUAUUGAUAAAAGAUAUAUAUAUGAUAUAUGCAUCGCUGUUCUACUACUGUUCUACUAUUGGUUAAAGGGGAAGGAAUAA